AUGGCCACUGCCAACGGCACCAUGGGCAACUCCUCCAACAUCCGCUCCUCCACCCUCCGCCAAACCCGCACCAACCCCAGUCGUCAAUCGAAAACCGUCGGCCGAACCUCCAUAAUGAACCAUGUUUCCAACCCGUUCAACAGCCCUUAUCACUCCGGUAUCCCAGGUGGGGGAGCUGCCGCGUACCCAAACGGCCAUCACGCGGCUGCCAACCAGCACCCGCCGGGCUUGUAUCCUGGCAUUCAGCAUUUUACCGAUACGAUCGCCGCGCUGCCUAGGGAGUUUCGCAGACACACGUCGUUGUUGAAUGAGGUGGAUGGGAAGGCGUUUGCGCUGGAGGCACUGUUGCCGCAGCUGAUGCAGGUUGCGGCAGAAUCGAUUUCAGGGCCGUUCCCGGUGGUCGGAGAGGUUGAUCCGCAGGUGGAGGGGUUCCAGAUAGAUGCCGCGCAAACUGAAUCCCCCGAUAAAACUGCCGCAAGAAGACAGGCUUUCCAAGAUAUUCGGAACACCCUUACCGACCUUUUACCUACGAUGGAUGAGAAAAAUCACGUUGCUCGAAACGCGUACCUUUCACUGAAAAAAGAUGUUAACCGCCUCGAGAUUCUAUAUCCUUAUGUGCAGAACGAAGUAUCCGAUGAAGCUCGUAUCGGAAGUCGUACCCACUGGGCGUAUCUCAACAAACCUGUCAAACCUACUGGGACAGCUGGAUCGGAACGCCCGAGGCGAGAGGCUGCAACAAGAGAUCGCGAUGCCGCAUUCCAUGACGAAGCCGUACGGGAAUCCAGAAGAGAUGUAGCCGCGACAAGGAAACAACGUCGUAAUCGAAUUGAGCCGUACGCAGAUGAGGCGCGUGCUCGCGGAAGUAACGUCGCUGCCAAAAAUCGCGGGGGAGAGUCUACACAGGUCAAUCAAACCGUUGCCAUGCCUACAGCUCCAUCAAAGAGAAGACGCGUUGAGAAGGCGAUGGCUGCGCCGAGCUCUACGGCAAUGGAACGUUCGACAAGUACCGCGACUAAUGUUGGUACAAGUCGAACUGUGAAAGAGUCCCCAGCCCCGGAAACGGGAAAGAAGAGAGUUCGUGCUCAAAAUAUAACCGUGGCGUCGCGGAAGAGUUCUCCUUCAUUGAAUGGCCCCAACCGGCCCCAACCUUCUCGAGUGCAACAAACCGCUGCUACAGCGAGCAACGGUCGCCAACGACCUUCUUCAUCUACUUCCAACCGGAACCUUAAUUCUAAUAAAGGUAUUUUGGAAACGAAAAUUCCCGCGCCUAAGGAUUCAUCUGGCCCUAGAGUCGAGCAUUCUCCUCCUGCUGCUAUUCUCCCCGAAUCAAAAGUCAAUGCUGGUGUCGAACCCAAAGCUGAUUCCUUGGUCAUUACCAAUCCAGGCGACCGAGAUAUACCGCGUGGCACCUCCCUGACCAUUACUACGGCUGUUACAGCUAAAUCGGAGCCCCAGGAUGUUGCCAAUAAAAAUUCCCCCGUCCCACCUAGUGUCACGUCCAAAGGCCGUUCUUCCAAAACCUCUACCCCCGUUGUUUCCAGCUUUGCAGAGUCACAAAGAUCUUCCAGACCUUCAAGGUCCACCGUGGCAACCACUGCCGCUGCUGAAGGGUCCGUUACGUCUUCCACUAGUUCUAAGCGCGCUCACAAGAAAGGGGCCGGCAACACUGCAGCUAUGGCUCCUACUGCUAGACAAUUGGCCAUGGCAGCUGCUGCGGCUGCCGAGGAAGCAGAUGAGGACUCCUCUCAACACGGAGAUGAUGAGGUUGAUGAUGGGGAAUUGAGGUAUUGCUAUUGUAACCAAGUCAGCUUUGGAGAGAUGGUUGCGUGUGACAUGGAGAAUUGUCCGAGAGAGUGGUUCCAUUUGUCGUGCGUGGGGUUGACAAAGCCACCUUCGGAGAAUGUGAAGUGGUAUUGCAAGGAAUGCAAAGAGACGAUGAAGAAGGGCAAGUCGAACGGUCGAUGA